AUGGCCGACCUAGCCUCUGUCUCGCCCUUAAACAACAUCCCCCAAGACAUCCAAAUCCACCGCUCUCGCAUCUUUGCCCUCGAAACCCCUGUCCAAAUGACCCUCGCCGUCUUCGACAAAUACUGGCCCUACAUGGAUAAUGUAUGGUGCACGCAGCAAUACAAUAAGCUCUCCGAAGCCAACUCGCAAUACCGCGUGGAGAAGCGGUACGGGGUAUGCCGACUGUACCGGCAGUGGAAGCUGGGCGAGGCGCCAGAAGGCUCGAGGCGCAGGCGGCGCGAAACGGCGACGUGUAAGGCUAGAUUCAGGAUCACGACGUAUGCGGAUGGCAUGAAGGUUAUUGAGAGGAUUGGGCCGCCGCAUAGCCAUGAUCUGGAGCAUGUGGAUCAGAUGAAGAGGAAUACGGCGGUGAGGAACAUUGUGCUGAGUGACUUCUUUACGGGUUGGGAGGCGAAUGCUAUAUUGGCUUACUUGAAGGAUACGACGCAGCUGCCGGGGGGGCGGGAUAUGAUGAGGGAGGCUGGGGGGAGGCAUAUUAGUAGGCAGGAGGUGUCGAAUAUUAAGGUUGGUGCGCUGAAGAAGGCGUAUCCAGGGCAGGACAUCUCGGAGGUUAGAAAGCAGAUGGACAAAUACAAGAACCUCCACGUAUGCAGUUGGAAGGGUUGCGAAGUUCCUCCGUUCGAGACCCUUAGAGAGCUGCUGGAUCAUCGGAAAGAGAUGCAUGGGAAUCUGACCCACGAUCAUUCACACAAGCACUACAUCUGUCCGGAGAAGACGUGCUGGCGCCACAAGAAGUCUAAGGGCUUCCCCACGUUUGAAGGCCUGAAUGAUCACCUACGAAAGCACCAUGGGUCGGCUGUAACCCCUGAACAAGCUGCCGCGCUCGGCCUGUACAAGUCAGGAGGUGACGGACCGAUGCCGGACCUGAACCCUCAGGCUGAUCCGACGACGCCUGCCAUGAGCACGCCUCGUUCUGACGGCCCGUCUCCGCAGCUUAAGCAGGACCUUCGUACACUAAGCAACAACAAUGCCAACGGAACAAGUGCUGCCAAUCCAGCAAGCAACGGAAUCCAAAUCCUGCCGGAAUCUCAGAGAGCAAGCAUGACGCAGCGUCUGGCAGCGCUCGAGCAGCAGCGUGCACGGCUUGAUCAGGAGAUUGAGAGUCUGAGACACGCCCUACACUCUCCCGUGGCUGCACAAUGUCACAACGGCGCGGGCUACACAUCACCUUACGUACCGGCGCCGACGGUAGACUAUGAAAUCCCGGGACGAUAUUGA